AUGGAUAACGGCGAGUCGAAAUCAGAUCGUGACCAGCGAGUCGCCCGACUCUGGGCCCGUCUAGACACCAAGGGAGAAGGUCAUCUUGAUUUCAAUGGUUUAAAAAAGGGGUUCAAAAAGAUUGAUCACCCUCUCAAGAAUGCGGACAGCAUGCUGCGCAGCAUUAUCGACGCGGUCGACACCAAUGGAGAUGGAUAUAUAGAUUAUCCUGAAUUCCGCGCAUUUGUCGACCACACUGAGGUCGGAUUAUGGCAACUUUUCGAGAGCAUCGACCACAAUCACAACGGAGAAAUCGAUAAGAACGAACUGAAAACCGCCUUUGCGAAUUCUGGGGUAACGGUGUCCAACGCCAAGUUAGAGGAGUUCUUUGCGGAGGUCGACAGGAACAAGGAUGGCGUCAUCUCUUAUGCGGAGUGGAGGGAUUUCCUGCUCUUCCUCCCCGCCUACUCGUCUUCCAACCUACGUUCCGUCCUGUCAUACUACACGGCCACGGGCAAUCUAAACCCGGAAGGAGAUGUCCACAUCAAUGAUCUGCAGGGUUUAGGUACAGACCUCUCGUUUCUUAGAUGUUAUAUCUUGGCCUUGAAAAACCUCCUGCACCAGAUCUCCCCAGUGCACCUUUUGACCAGCCUUCUCCCAUCAGCCUAUGCGGAGACCGGCGGAGUACCAGAGCCCGGAUUCGCUUUUGAGACUGCUUCCGUACCGUUGGAUGGUGAUCCGGAGCUGGAGUGGCUGCCUAUACCCAGGACCGUCGCCAUGUGGAUGUCCUUCCGAUAUUAUGAACAGAAGAUAACCGAGAACACUCCUCAAUUAGGUUACUUCCUCGCGGGCGGAGUCGCAGGAGCCGUGUCUCGGACAGCCACUGCCCCUCUAGAUCGGCUUAAAGUGUACCUCAUCGCCCAGACCGGCGUGAAGCAGUCAGCAGUCCGCGCGGCAAAGGAUGGGGCUCCGCUGCGUGCAGCGGGAAAGGCGUCCAAAACACUCGCCGAGGCCGUGAAAGAACUAUGGCGUGCAGGAGGUCUUCGGAGUCUGUUUGCAGGAAACGGCUUGAAUGUCGUCAAGGUUAUGCCCGAAUCAGCCAUUAAGUUUGGCGCCUAUGAGUCGGCCAAACGCGCGUUUGCCCGCCUUGAAGGUCACAAUGAUACAAAGCAACUUAGACCGACUUCACAGUUCCUGUCCGGCGGCUGUGGUGGAAUGGUGGCACAGUGCUUUGUGUACCCUCUCGAUACCCUCAAAUUCCGGAUGCAAUGUUCAACCGUUGAAGGUGGUCCGCGAGGCAACCAGCUUAUUGCAGCUACGGCCAAGAAGGUCUGGAACAAGCAUGGAAUCCUCGGCUUCUUCCGCGGCUUGCCCCUUGGUCUUGUGGGGAUGUUUCCCUAUGCUGCCAUUGAUUUGACGACAUUCGAGUACAUGAAGCGGGGCUUGCUGGCUCGCAAGGCUCGGCUACACAACUGCCAUGAGGACGACGUCCCGCUCAACAACUUCACAACCGGUGCGAUUGGCGCCACGAGUGGAGGCUUUAGCGCUUCCAUGGUCUACCCAUUGAACGUGCUUCGAACGAGGUUGCAAGCUCAAGGCACUAUUCUCCAUCCCACGACAUAUACCGGCAUCCUUGACGUCGCCCGCAAAACCAUCCAGGCAGAAGGUUUCCGCGGUCUCUACAAAGGACUUACACCCAAUCUCCUCAAGGUCGCACCUGCUGUUUCGAUUAGCUACGUCGUCUACGAAAACGCCAAGCGAGCUCUCGGGUUGAGAUAA